CUCUGCUUUUCUGCUUGAAUUGUUCACAAGGAGAACAGGUAGUGCCAGUAUCAGCUGCUGAGCCUGAUUGGCGUCCUACUCCAUUAACAAAGCUGUUCGUUUUUAGAGACUCCUACUCUGCCACAGACAACGAUUGGGACCCCGAAAACAUCUGUUGGAGAUAUCCUUAUGGCACCACCAUUCCAGGCAAGCCCAGUGCCCGUUACUCCGAUAUGGUCGUGUCCUCACUGAUUUCAUUGUACCAUGUGCUGACAUUUGUAUACCUACCACAUUAAUUUCAACUCCCGCCAAGAAUUGCAGCCACUCCAACUACCAAAGAAAAGCACUCUUCUCUUAAAUAGCACCAUAGUAACUCUCCGCGUACCACAAAUCACUAUUUCUUAGAAAAACCAACCUCAAACAGAGACACAAGGACUAGCCAAAAAAAUCAACAUGGCGUGUGUUCUGUGUUCAUCAACUGCACUGGUAGAGAAGAUUUUGUGGUACUGUGCUUUGUUCUUGGCGCUGAUUCUGGUUCUCAGCUGCUGCGAAUGGAGCGAAAGCGAAUUCACGGCGAAGGUGGUCCAACUCCAAAGGGAUCAUUUGUACAAGCCCUGUGAUGAAAUUUAUAUGGUUGGUGAAGGAGAGACAUUGCAGACCAUAGUUGAAAAAUGUGGAGACCCCUACAUUGUUGAGGAGAACCCACAUAUCCAUGACCCUGAUGAUGUUAUCCCUGGCUUGCUCAUUAAGAUUACUCCAUUAAUCAAACUAAGGUAGAAUGUAUAUUAUUACUAUCUUUCCUCUUCUCCUUUAAUUGUAAGCUUAUAGUAUUUGGUAUCAACAUGAUGAUGAGGGGCCAAGUGCCUUAGGUUAAGGUAUCAUUAUCUUGAUUACCACGAGGCUGAAUAUGCAAUUCUAACGAAGGGCUUGUUUGGGAGUGAUUCUAGUAGGGCUAGAAUCACUUAUGGGGAGAAGUACAUGCUGAUAAACCUAAUCCAGACUUGAAGUGAUCUCCUGCUGCUAAGCCUUAUCUGUGUUUACUAUUAUAUGUUAUAGUUAUCUUGUAUAGGAUAAAUACCUUAUUGAUAAUUAUCUUGUAAAGAGUUUGUUCUCCAUGUAAACUUGUUAACCCUCUGUACAUGAAUUCUAUAUAAACACAUGAACAGAUCACCUAUCAA